GACGACACUUCCCCCUCUCUCCUCAGAUCCAGAACUUUUUCCCCUUCUUCUCUCUUCGUUUCUGGACGCUGGGAAGUGAAGCUUUUCCCUCUUUUUUCAGUUAAAAAACUAAACUCCAACAUGUCGCCACCGUCUCGCCGGCUUCAGACGAAGCCAGUGAUUACCUGCCUGAAGACUUUCCUCAUAUCCUACAGCCUAAUUUUCUGGGUCACAGGCGUGAUCCUGCUGGCCGUUGGCGUGUGGGGGAAGGUAAGCUUGGAGACCUUUUUCUCCCUGGCUGCUGAGGAGAGCACCAACGCGCCAUAUGUCCUCAUCGGGACCGGAGCCAUCAUCGUUAUCUUCGGACUGUUCGGCUGCUUCGCCACAUGCCGUGGCAGCCCGUGGAUGCUCAAACUGUAUGCCAUGUUUUUGACCUUGGUCUUCCUGGCUGAGCUCGUGGCUGGAGUUUCAGGCUUCAUCUUCAGGCAUGAGAUCAAAGCCACACUGGACAACGGCUAUAAAAACGCAGUGAUAAAGUACAACGGCACGGAGAGCAAGAAUCCAGUGGACACCAUCCAGAGGAAUUUGCACUGCUGCGGGGUGUAUAAUUACACAGACUGGAACAAUACAAAGUACUUUCAAGAGAAAGGCAUCCCGGUCAGCUGCUGUAAAGACAGCGAUAACUGCUCACCAGAAGCACUGAAGGAUCUUGCCAAGGCUGAGAAUGUGGUGUACACAACGGGCUGCUUUGUGCUGGUAAGCACCACAAUGGAGAACAACCUGGGAAUAAUUGCUGGGAUUUCUUUUGGAAUUGCCUUCUUUCAGCUCAUUGGGAUAUUCCUGGCCUGCUGCUUGUCUCGAUACAUCACCAACAACCAGUAUGAGAUGGUCUAACAGUCACCGGCCACAGGUCACUGAUGAGCCGGUCCUGGUGCGAACUGAGUUGGGAUUUUAAUAUUUUGUCUUUGUGUUUCUUAUCAUGUAAUUUUAGAGAUGGAAGACACUCACCGCUUUUUCUUUUAUUCAAUCUCACCAAUGCACAAGGGAAUCACGUCUGCGGAGCAUCAAAAAGGGAGAAUACUCGGAACUUUUCACAGGUCAUUUGUUAUUCUUGGAGUAAAUUAGGGAAAUUACAUUUAGUGUUUAUGUUGUGUAUUGGUGUCACUUUUUUAUUUGAGUUAAUUUGACAGCAACAUUUUCAUUUCUUGUUUCGCAGUUGCCUUGUGUUAUAAUUUUUUUGGUAGUAGUCUGUAGCUGAGCAGAUGAAAUGUAGACAAUAAUAAGCUGUUAAUGUUAAACUUCUGUGUAUCUUUAUGUGUGAAGCCUUUAUAAGCCCUAGAAAUGGACAGGUCACCUUCCUGAAAUCAAGUACAAAUGAUUUAUAGGAGCUGUGUGGGAAAGCGAGCCCUACCAAUUAUGUGUGCCAACUACACCUGACUUCUUACCACAGUUUUCAGUGUUAGUGUUAUUCUUGUGUGGAUGCAUGUGAAAUACUUGAAAAUAAAAGAUGAAAUCCAG